CGCCCAGAUUCCGCCCUCCGCCCUGAUGCCGGGCGGGAGGACUGGCCUGGCGAAGCCAAGGAGAGCUAGGGAGGCAGCGAGAGAGGCUGGGGACAGCGGCUUAGGGGCGGGACUCUUUUUAAAGUCCGUGGAGGAAGUGCAGGAUCCCUCCGCGGGGAGUCACGUGCCCCGCCCCCUUGGGGGCGUCGAAACUCACAACAAAAACAGGAGGCUCACAGAGGCCUCUAUUGAGGCUGCGGAGGUGCGGCGGCGGGCUGGUCUCCGGCGGCCGGCGUUGCGCCCGGGUGGAGGGUGGGCGCGUGGGGAGCGGGAUGGAGCCGGGGCUGUGAGGCCGAGGCGGCGGUGCCUGGGAAGAAGGGUCGGAUGCCGGGCCGGGGGCACCGCUGAGGCAGUGGGGUCCCCGACCUGUGAGACAGGUUCGGAAGUCCCCGCUGCGCCCAGCCCCUGCGGACCGUGAGACCGCGGGCGGGUGGAGGCGCGUCUCCGGCACGAUGAAGGAUUUGGGGGCAGAGCACUUGGCAGGUCGUGAAGGGGUCCAACUCCUCGGAUUGUUGAACCUCUACCUAGAACAAGAAGAAAGAUUCCAACCUCGAGAAAAAGGGCUGAGUUUGAUUGAGGCUACCCCGGAGAAUGAUAACACUUUGUGUCCAGGAUUGAGAAAUGCCAAAGUUGAAGAUUUAAGGAGUUUAGCCAACUUUUUUGGAUCUUGCACUGAAACUUUUGUCCUGGCUGUCAAUAUUUUGGACAGAUUCUUGGCUCUUAUGAAGGUGAAACCCAAACAUUUGUCUUGCAUUGGAGUCUGUUCAUUUUUGCUGGCUGCUAGAAUAGUUGAAGAAGACUGCAAUAUUCCAUCCACUCAUGAUGUGAUCCGGAUUAGUCAAUGUAAAUGUACUGCUUCUGACAUAAAACGGAUGGAAAAAAUAAUUUCAGAAAAAUUGCACUAUGAAUUGGAAGCUACUACUGCCUUAAACUUUUUGCACUUAUACCAUACUAUUAUACUUUGUCAUACUUCAGAAAGGAAAGAAAUACUGAGCCUUGAUAAACUAGAAGCUCAGCUGAAAGCUUGCAACUGCCGACUCGUCUUUUCAAAAGCAAAACCAUCUGUAUUAGCCUUGUGCCUUCUCAAUUUGGAAGUAGAAACUUUGAAAUCUGUUGAAUUACUGGAAAUUCUCUUGCUAGUUAAAAAACAUUCCAAGAUUAAUGACACCGAGUUCUUUUACUGGAGAGAGUUAGUUUCUAAAUGCCUAGCUGAGUAUUCUUCUCCUGAAUGUUGCAAACCAGAUCUUAAGAAGUUGGUUUGGAUCGUUUCAAGGCGCACAGCCCAGAACCUCCACAACAGCUACUAUAGUGUUCCUGAGCUGCCAACGAUACCUGAGGGGGGUUGUUUUGAUGAAAGUGAAAGUGAGGACUCUUGUGAAGAUAUGAGUUGUGGAGAGGAGAGUCUCAGCAGCUCUCCUCCCAGUGAUCAAGAGUGCACCUUCUUUUUCAACUUCAAAGUGGCACAAACACUGUGCUUUCCAUCUUAGAAAUCUGAUUAUUCUGUCAGAAUUUAUAUGUACAGGUUUCAGAGCAAUAAAUGGGGGAAUAGGUAGUUUUCUGGUUUAGCCCCCAUCUAGUCAGGAAUUACAUAUACUGGAAUACCUACCUUCUAUUUGUUAUUCAGAUCAGAUCUGGCCUAUUUUCAUAUUUAUCCUAAGCCAUCAAAUGAGGUAGUGCCUCUUAAACCAUUAACAGUAUACUUUAGACAUUGGCACUUUAUUUUUCUUGUUGAUCUUUAGCUACUUUGGGGAGGAGGGAAGGUGCUGAUACCUUCAAUUUGUUACUUUUCAAGAUUUUUAAAAAUAACUAGUGUAGCUUAUCUUAAACAUUUUAUAAAACCUUCAGAUGUCUUUAUUUAAGCAGAUUGGAAGUAUGCAAGUGCUUCCUUAGCAGGGACAGUGGAUAAUCCUUUAAUGGUUUAUCAUAGAUUCCCCCCUCCCCCCUUCUCAGAAGAGUGAAUAUGCUCUUAAAUGUCAAACACAUUUUUGUUUUGUUUUUUAAAUGAUCAGUGUCUAUUUGAUGUGAUGCAGAUCUGCAGAAAUAAUUAGGCUAGGGCUCUUAGUUUCAUUCCUAUUGCCCAAGUAUUGUCAAACUAUGGUAUUAUUUUAAUGUUACUUUAAAAAUCCAUAAUCUGCUAGUUUUGCAUGUACUUGUAUGAAAACAGUGCAGUAAGUUGAAAACCCAGUAUCUAUGGAAUUGAUAAAUGUUGAUCUGGUGGUACAUUUUAUCUCAUUUUCUUAUAUUAAAAAUGUCUGCAUGAUUACGUUUUAUUUCCUUUGUAAUUUACAUUUCAAAAUGAUGUAUUGCUAUAUGGGUGCCAAGAUUGAGUAUGAAGAACCCGAGUGUUUGUAGUAUUAUAGGUUUAAGCAAAUCUGUGUGGUGAUACAGCCAUAAGAAUGGGGCUUAUAUAAACUCUGUACAUGUAUGAUUUUGUACAGAGAAUUUUUAACUUUAUAAAUUGUAUAUGAACAUGUAAAUCUUUUAAAAUGUACAUAAAAUACUGUAUUUUUUUACUUUGUGUGAUAGUCUAGUCAUUGCAUGUAAAUAUAAUUUAUUAUGUAUUCUGUAGUAUAAAUCAUACGUUGAUGACUUACAUUUUUACUGGUAAGUCAACAUCCAUUGGAUGUUUUCUGAAGUGGCUCUUUUUGAAGUGAUAAUAGAUUGUAAUUCAAAAUAAAAUUAUUAAUGAAUUCUCCUUGUUUGGGAUCACAUCUUAAUUUUUAAUCUGUUAAAAGUGUUUGAUGUAUUUUAAUAAGAAGACUUUAGGUGAGGCUACAGUGAUUCCAGAGUGAGCCUUCUAACUGGCUAGCAGAAGUUCUCUAGGUUUGGCACUAUGCCUUGGAGAUACUGAAAGAGAAUCUGUCAUUUGAGAAUUGACCUGUUUCUGGGAUGGACUCAUUAAGUAUGCUCUCAGAGACUGGUGUAUUACCAGAAUGCCUAUUAAUUUAUAGUGAGAGGCAACAGGUAUUAAGUAGACCAGAAUGCUCAGGUUGGCAGAUUAGAACGAUCUUUCAGGAGACAAAUCAAGUUUUAAUCAGUUUGGUUAGUAAGUAUGGGGUGUUGGCUGUGAUGGCUUCUAGCUCUUGUGGACCUCAAAAGUAUCAGGUUGUUUUGCAAGUGGUGUUCCUUCCCCGCCCCCUCCCCUCAACAGGUUCCCCAUCCAUCUAGUUUGAUUUUUGUAGACCUUUGUUUUUUCUAGUUAGUUAGAAAGUCAGGUAUACUGAAUAUGGUUUUCAUGUAACACCUCUUCUCUGGAGAUAGGGGUAUGUUUUCCUACUCUCCUAGGGGAGAAUCUCUACUUGAGGAUGACCUUUCCUGUCUUACUAAAUAAUAUUAGUAAAUAGUAGGUAAUAUAUUCUGCUUUCAGAUUUUGAUUUGUUGAGAUGUAAAAGUUCUUUGUGGCUUACCAAAUCUCAAGACUCUCUUUAGCUCCUGUGGGAUUGUAUUGCUUUUCUUACUGGAUAUUCUUCUUGGGUAAGUAUCUCUGUGGCUUUACCUCUUCCCCCUCCGGUUUUUAGUAUAUUUAGUUUAGACCUCUCUGCUGAGCUUGCAACCUGUUUAUUCACAUGGGCUGCCAUGCCAGUUGGAGGUUUCUCAUUACUCCCAAACCUGCUGUUUCUUUAUGUCUUUCUCAGUGAAUAAUUCUGUCUAUUCAUGCCGGAAACUUAGGUGAUAUGCUCAUCUCCUUUUGCCUGUUUAUGGAGGUCACCAGCCUCUAUCAUUUGUAUGAUUUCGUUUAUACUGUUUAUAUCUCUUUACUCUGUCCCCUCUUUUUCUACCAUUGGCAUGGUUUUGACCUGUACUCUUUAUCACCAGAGGUACUGUAAUAUAGUUGUGAUCUCUCAGCUUCCAGGCUUACUUCUGGUCUCUGCCUUGCUGCCUACAUACCCUUUUAAAAUAAAAUUUUAACUGUCUCCUGAAAAAUUGUUCAGUAGGUCACCCACAAUCAGGAGAAAAAGUUAUAUCGUGACAUACAAGUCUCUGUCUAAUCUGAACACUGCACCUGUCUGUGGCCUUUUUUUCUUGCCAUUUCCUAGACCUUAAAAAAUGUGUAUUGAGAAAGAGAACUCUGCUAGCUAUACAGAGGAUGAACUGGAGCAAUAUAGAGGAGUAGCAUGAAGACUGGUCUGACUGAACUAAGGCAGUGGAAGUGUGGAUGAGGAAGACAGGUGAAAAUUGAGAAGCGCUAUCCUUUGUCUUUGGGCAUUAUUAGGAGGCUCACAGACAAGUCCAGGAGCCUGGUUAUGCCCUCCUGUGCCAUUCAGCCAGGUGGCUUUCCCAUGACUGUGAUGAAUAAAAUCGAGAAGCCUCUGCCCUUUUCAGAGCAGAGGAUGAGGAGAAAGCUAUCAUUUUGGCCUCAUCCUUACUCUCCUUGACUUGGCAAGAGAUUUGCCCUUUCAGGUUUUGAUCCUGUGAUUUUCUAGGAUGUGGUGCACACACUUUGCUGUUGUGCGUGGUGAAGUAUCGUGCCUAGGUCCUGGGUCUUCAUCUGUUUGACUCUGCUGCUGUUUCCUCUUCCCAGGAAGUGUGAUUAGACAAAUAAUGUGUCUUAACUACCUGUCACACUCAGAAUUAAUACAUACUCAGGUUAACUGUAGAGAGGCAUUGGCUGCAGAACACUCCUCGUGACAAUUUUAACCAUUUUCUUUGUCUAGAGUCUGCCUUUUUCUUUUUUACAAUUUCUCUCGUUUCAACACUAGGUUUCAAUAUGGUGUUCCUGCUAACUCCCACCUCCCUCCUCCCUCAUCACACAUGCAAAUUGUCAGCUUAUUUAGACAACCCACUUAGAUUCCUAUAUGGACAAGAACAAGGUAUUUUGCAUUUGUUACUGGAAUUCAGUUUUCCUAACUAUUUACUACCAGAAAUGGUCAACAACUUACUUUGUGUUUAGCAAAUCAAAUUGCGUGGUAGAUAGUUUUCCAGUAUGAUGGCCAGUCAGUCUUCCAAUCCCUGUGCCUAUAUGCCACUCUUCCCAUCCACAAGUGGAGUCUAUUUCUCUUGAGUUUUGGCUGGCCUUGUGAAUGGCUUUGCUUACUGAAAUGCAGCAGAAGAAAUUCAGUAUAUGUCCAAGCCUAGGCUUUAAGAGACUGGCAGCUUUCCUUUUAUGCUUUUUGAAAGCCAGCCACCAUGCUGCAAAGAAGCUCAGCUGGAUUACUGAAAGAUGAGAGGCCAUGUGGAGAGAGACUCUUGAGGAUGAGAGAUUAUCUUGGAUGUUCCAGCCUCAGUUAAGCUCUCAGCUGAAUGUGGGUGUAUCCUCAGCUACACCACAGAAAAUAGAGGAACUACUCAGUCGAUCCCAAUCAACCCACAGACUCACUAGAAACAACAAAUUAUUGUUUUAAGCCACGAGGUUUUGGGGGAGGGUUGUUAAACAGUAAUAGAUAAGUGAGACAGAUUGCUUGUUACUUAUGGUCAAAUGGUGAUUAUCUCUGGUGAGAUUACAGGUAAUUUUUUUAAAAGUUAUACCUAUCUGUAGUUUCCUUUUUUUUCUAAAAUUUAGUUGAAUUAUUAGUGUAUUAACAGAAUAAAGAAUGAACUUUAAAACACA